AUGAGUGAAGCUAUUGAAGACCUCGCCGGUCCCUCGACAAGGCACCGCCCUCGCCCUUUGGAUCUGGUGCCAAUCGACCUAGAUGCGGUUCCGUUUGCUUCAAACGCGCUAGAUUGGUCAGCGGACGGUGUUCUCGCAGCUGCUACUACUGAUUCGGUGCACAUUUUGACGCCACAGUUCAUAACUGCGAGCGGCAGCCCCAUGCCGAUAUAUGAUGGUUUAGCCAGCGAAGGCAACAGUGACCAGGAUGACGACACGCACGAUCAGGGUGAUAGCCAGUUUGCAACGGAGACGGGGGCGCGGAAGCAGUUUGGCGGUUCCGGCCGGCGCAUCUUGGUCGGAUAUCCACGUCUCGACCACACCAUCAACCAGCCGCUGUUUCAAGAAUGGGCAGCACAUCAUCCCGGCGAUGACCAAGGCCAAUGGCAGGCAGACGCCCCGAAGAUUAGUGCCGGCUCUGGUUCCAUCAGUGGCAGUGGCAGCACGAUGAAUUCUGUGGUCAGCAUUGCGUGGUCUCCGAGUGGUGUUGGCUACAACGAACGCUGCGUGUUGGGCGUAUUGACUGCGUCGGGGAUGCUGAUCAUAUACGGCGACCCCCUCGAUGGCGGAGAAAAGGACGAUGCCUCGACGAGCAGCGCGGGCAGAGAGUGCCAGGCAACCGCAACAGCUACGACACGUCCCGUUCCUGGCCAGAAAAAACCAGGAGAGUGCAUCACGUCCUUUGCCUGGACCAAUGCCUGCGACGCAAUUGUGGAAAAGACACCGACGCUCGCGGCUGCAUAUCACCGAGCAGAGACGAAGGCACUCCUGGUGUACCAGACGGACAAGAGAGACAUUGUGGUGCUGGAUGUCAGCCAUUCCCGCUACAUUGAUGGCAGGGUGAAAUGGAAAGUUGCCGAGAUGGAGCGCAUAAAAGCAGCCGCGGGGGCGCACUUGACAGGGCAGUGGACGAGACCAGGCGCACCUUCGGUGACAGACUUCAACUUUGUUCCACAUUCUACACCAUUCGGUCUCCACUGCAGUCCGUGGAUGGUUGAAAAGGUACCGCUGGGGCCUGAUCUCCAACCCGAGAGUCUCCUGACCUGCAUCAUCGGGUACACUGCAUUGCACUAUGUCGGAUUCCGGCGACUGUCGCUUGUGUUGCGCCCAGACGUGUCCAGUGGGAGACGGACUAUUUUCAUUGACACCAAUGAUAUCUCGGGUUUCUGCGCCUUUAUGGGCGCAAAUGCCGUCCUCCGGUUCGAAGAUUGCCUCUGGCGUGUGGACGAUGACUUGCAAACGGGCGUUCCUAAGAAGAGGUCCCAGUGCAGAGGUGUCGUCGCAACACCCAUGACUAUCAAGGCGUUCGAGUUCGAGUUUACAGCAUAUGAUCCGAACCUCGUAGCGCAGGCAACUGGUGCACCAGACGCGCAUAUUGUUUUCACAGAAGGCAUAUGUGCAGCAACUGAACCCAGCCAAGCAGAGUGGCACACAAACCCCAUCAGCGGCCUCAUUGUGCACCCCCCAGAUCCGACAAACCACGGGAGCAUGCCUAUGUAUAGCUUUGUGCGCAAAGAUGCAACUUUUACAACGUACGAAUGGCAUGGCACAACGCUUUCCGAACACCACGAACCUCCCGAAUGGUUCGAGAUUAUACAGAAGAAAAGCAAAGGCCUCCAGCACGAAAGUGUCGCCGACUCGGAACAAGAUACGAUGCCCCAAAAUUCGGAGAUAAUUGCUCAAAGCUCACGGAAUCGGUACCAGGUGGGCAUUUGGGGGUUGGCGCAAGCACCCGGCGGCCUGCCAGGGGCGAAAGGCACUACUGCUGUCCUGAUCACGGAACAUUUGAUCGGCAGCAGCCGUACUGGCAGAAGCCGAGGCGAUAGUCAUAUCCUCUUUGGGGCGCAGAAGAAACAGCCACACCAGGGCUCGUCUGCCACGGAACCCGACGAUUCGUUUGUUAACAGAUGCGACCGUCCUGCUACGACCACCGAGGCUACCAUGUGGACCUACAUGUACGGAGGCGGACCAGAGGUAGUGCCGAGAGCAUCAUUUGCUACACGGGAGGGCGUUGAAUUGAACCAAAAAUGCAGCAUUUGCGACGCGGCGAUUAACGAACGGAAUGAAACGUCGACAUGCGCAAAUGGCCACUCUUUUGACAGGUGUACGAGCACGGGGCUGGCCAUCCAGAAGCCUAAUGUGUCAAGGGUGUGUGGUGUAUGCGGACGCAAGACUUUGGUCCCAAGUGCGCUGGAAGAGAUUUUGGAACUCUCGGGAUCCGACCAGACAAACAAGGAAGCAUUGGAAACAUCGUUACAGGAUACGGUAUGUGGCUUCUGCGGAGGCAAGUUUUUCGGAAGAUGA